AUGGCGGAACUCGCAGCUGUUGGAGUCGCUGCCAGCAUAAUCCAGGUUGUCGACAUCAGCGUUAGGGUGAUUGAGCGUCUCAACGAAUAUCGCAAGAAAGGGGACAGUCUUCCGGACGCUUUCAAACAUGUCAGCACACGGCUACCGAUAUUCGUUCUUGCACUGAGAACUACCAACUCAAAGAUCGAAGACAUGACAGAUGACGCGAGGAGGGCAAUGAAGCCAGCAAUAGAAGAAUGCUUCAAUCAGAUCAGAAACUUGGAGAUGAUCAUCGAUAAGGUCUUGUUCAAACCGGGUGAUAGAGGGACUACGCGAGGAUGGAAAUCCGUCGCGAGUGUGAGAUACGACGGCGACGUGAAGGAACUGGACAAAGUCAUACGAAGAUACAUGGAGGCAAUGCAUUAUGGGCUUUCGAGUGCGACACAACAUCUGGAGAAUAAGAAACUGCCACCGAAACCAAUGAGUACAUGCCCAUUCGAACGAGAAGCAGACUUCGUAGAGCGUGAUGUGAUCAGCGAUGUCAUGAUACGGUGUCAACCUGGCUCAAGGUUGGCUUUGAUAGGCAUUGGCGGCGCUGGUAAGUCUCGGAUAGCUAUUGAGUACAGUUAUCGCAUACGACAAGCCUCGCCAGAUACUUGGGUAUUUUGGGUAACGUUCGAUACGCCAAAUGCUGUCGCUCAAGAUUUUCGCAAAAUAGCGAAGGCGGUCGGUCUUCCAGGUUGGGACGAAAAGGCGGCAGACAUCUUUGGCAUGGUCCGAGAUUGGCUCCGAGAUGAGUCCAAUGGACCGUGGACGAUGAUAUUGGACAACGUUGACUCCGUUGACCUUCUUACUGCAACCACACCGAAAGCCGCAUCCAGUAUGAGUAUGGACGACGUUUCAGUCAUGCCGGAAAUCCGCGAUUUUAUAGUCACUUCGGCUAGAGGAUCCGUUCUCGUUACGUCGAGGAAUGCCGAGGCAGCACAAAUGGUUACCGGGAAUUGUGCCUACCACAUUGACGUAGAAGAGAUGAACGAGAAUGAGGCAAUCACACUACUCAAGAGAAAGCUCAGUAGCAAGGUCAUCCAUACUGAGGCCGAAGCUGCCGAACUGGUUAAGACGGUCGACUUUAUGCCAUUAGCCAUAUCUCAAAUCGCGACAAACAUCAGCAUGAACUAUCCAAGGCUUACGGUGUCGAAAGCGACCGAGAAGAUCCGCGAACCAAGUGAGGAGACGGCGCAAUUAUUGGAGACAAGUGCUCACGAAACGAGUCGCAACGCACGGAGGACAAAUUCGAUCGUCAAAACUUGGCACCUGUCAUUCCAAUAUCGCCCAGACAGCAAGACAGAGCUUCUGAUGUGGGGACCGCUCAUCCAGAUGGUGUCACGAUUUGCUUACAUUAUGGGAGACUACACGGCAGCGGAAGAUUUGGGUCGUAAGGCACUAGCGGCACUCGAAGAAGUCCAAGGACCGCAUGGAGAAGACGUCCUUCGCGGUUUCCAUCAGCUGGGCCUUGUGCUCAGCAUUUUCAAGCGACACAACGAAGCAGAGGAGAUGUUUCGAAAAGCGUAUAGCGGAAGACUAGCUUCCCUGGGUCCCGACCAUCUAGAUACCCUAGACAGUGCGAACAAUUUGGGGUCUCGAUUGAACAUGCAGAAGAAGUAUGAGGAAGGAGAGGCCUUUCACAUGCGCACCAUUGAGGGAUACGAGCGGGUUUACGGACCCACCAGCACAGAAACUCAGUCACUCAUGGCCAGGCUUGCGCUCGUGUACAUCAACAACGGGCGUUACGAACAGGCAACGGCGCUUCAUCGAAGAGUUCACGGCAUACAAGAAGAAGAAUACGGCAAAGGAACCAACGAUACCUGUCAUGGUCUGCGCGCCUUAGGUGUUCUACUCAGCAUGCAAGGCAAAACAGCUGAGGCUGAGAAGAUACAUCGUCAAGUUGUGCGGUUUCGAUCGGACAAGCUGGGCCCCGAACACUACGAAACGAUCACGAGUGUCAACUUUUUGUGCGAAGCGCUCGUCAAGCAAGGCAAGCUUGAUGAAGCUGUAGCGCAAUGGUGUGGUGUUGUUGGAAUCUAUACCGACCUCGAUGAAAAGGCACGACAAGAAGCGUUGCAGAGCAUGAACAGCCUCGCUGAGACGCUCCUUCGACAGGGUCAACUUGAAGAAGCAGAAACAGUCUCCCGUCGCCUGGUCACAGAGAGCGAGAAGCUCCUAGGGGCAGAUGAUGUCGAGACGCUUGUUGCCGUUCAUACACUUGCAGACGUCUUCAAGAAACAAAAGCGAUACAAGGAUGCUCUGCCGUUGUACGCGCACGCUCAUGUCGGCACUGAGAAGCGUUGUGGUGUCGAUCAUCCUGAUACAAAAGAGUUUUUGGAGGAUUUCAAUCAAAUGAAGAGGAUUGUGCUCGUGUAG